UAAAAACUUGUAGCUAUUUUUUAAGUUUUUUUAUUAUUCUUGCUACACGUGGCCGCAGUUUAGUUUAGCCUCCCAAAUAAUUAUAUCCCAAUCGCUGAUGCGCGACGGGUGCUGGGCCUCGUUCUUUUCGCCGUGUUCCUCGUUUGCGUUCUCUGGUUGGACGACAUUGUGCGACCAUGGUUCGGAUGAAUGUAUUGGCUGAUGCCUUAAAGUGCCUUUGUAAUGCAGAGAAGAGAGGAAAGAGACAAGUCUUGAUCCGACCAUGCUCUAAAGUUACUGUUAAAUUCUUGACAGUAAUGAUGAAACACGGAUAUAUUGGGGAAUUUGAGAUCGUAGAUGAUCACAGGGCUGGCAAGAUUGUUGUUCAUCUGAAUGGCAGACUAAACAAAUGUGGAGUUAUUGCCCCAAGAUUUGAUGUGUCAAUUCGUGACAUGGAUAAAUGGCAGAAUAACCUUCUUCCAUCAAGACAGUUUGGAUACAUCGUUCUUACAACAAGUUGUGGAAUCAUGGAUCAUGAAGAGGCAAGACGUAAACAUACAGGAGGGAAAAUUUUGGGAUUCUUUUUCUAGAUGAAUUUCUCAUUUUUCUUCCUAUAAUAAAACUGGCAAUAAAGUUGUCCAGAGAA